UUCUCUGAGUUCUCUCUCUCUCUCUCCGUCUCUCUCUUCCCUUCUUGUGCUUAUGUGUCUCUGUGGAGCUGUAAGACCCUUUUGUAGCCUUAAAAACGUUCCUCUCUUUUGGUGUAUCCAUACAGCCCUUUGUUCCAGCUCCUUUUGUGAGUGUGCUGAAAAAGCCUGCAAACUGAAAGAAAUCUCUCUUUUGCCUAUUUUGACUUCGCUCACAAGUACCUGUCUUUGGGAUGAGAGACUCUCUCACAACUCCUUUUACUCUCCAUAGCAAAAAAUUGUAGUAUCAAACUUGAUAAAGAGAAGGAAAAACAAAAAAUUAAAGGCUGAACAGUCUCUUUUCCUCGAUUCCUUUGCAGAAAUUUUCCCAAAAUCUGCACCAACCGUUCAUGGAUCGCUUCCCAAUGGCCAGUCACCACCUUUGCACCAAAUCUCACCGUUUGUGGUGCCCUCCAUGAAUAAGAACCAAAUUCAUCGAACAAGGCCAUGGCCCGGUUUCCCUACAUCAAAAUCAUCACUUGGUGGUAGCUUUGGUGACGCCAACUGCAUGGAACAAUUGCUAGUCCACUGUGCCAAUGCGAUCGAGAGCAAUGACGCCACUCUAACUCAACAAAUCUUGUGGGUUCUCAACAAUAUAGCACCCCCCGAUGGCGACUCAAAUCAGCGCCUCACGUGCGGCUUCCUUCGAGCUCUGAUAGCCCGGGCCGCAAACAGCGGAAACUGCAAACUACUCAGCGCAAUGGCUAAUGUAAACACGAAUAUGGGGAUCGAUACCCAUAAAUUCUCCAUCAUAGAGCUAGCAAGUUUUGUGGACUUAACCCCCUGGCAUAGAUUCGGAUUCACGGCGGCAAACACGGCCAUAUUAGAAGCUGUGGAGGGAUAUUCGGUCAUUCACAUCGUUGACUUGAGUUUGACUCAUUGCAUGCAAAUUCCAACGUUGAUAGAUGCUAUAGCUACCCGUCUCGAGGGCCAUCCGUUGGUGAAGCUGACGGUAGCCUGCAUCACGGACGGCAUCCCGCCCAUGAUUGAUCUGUCGUACGAGGAGUUAGGUUCGAAGUUGAUCAACUUUGCUAGGUCUAGAAACGUAGUAUUGGAGUUUAGGGUGAUCCCUUCGACUUCCGCGGAUGGAUUCUCUUCGUUAUUUGAACAACUUCGAAUGCAACAAAUUGUUCGGGCAGACAAUGGCGAAGCACUUGUUAUAAAUUGUCACAUGAUGCUCCAUUACAUCCCUGAAGAAACCCUGUCCGUGGUCUCCAGUUCGACAACAUUGUCAAGUCAUCAACUUGAAUCUUCUCAAAACGCAUCUCUUCGAACGAUGUUUCUAAAGAGACUCAGGAGUUUAGAGCCAACAGUUCUCGUUUUGGUCGAUGAAGAUGCAGAUUUGACGUCAAACAAUUUAGUCAGUAGAUUAAGGUCCGCUUUUAAUUAUUUGUGGAUACCUUAUGAUACUGUGGAUACAUUUCUACCGCGGGGGAGCAAGCAGAGGCAAUGGUAUGAAGCAGACAUAUGUUGGAAAAUCGAGAAUGUAAUAGCCCACGAGGGUCUUCAAAGGAUUGAGAGAUUGGAGCCUAAAAAUCGGUGGGUGCAAAGAAUGAGAAGUUCGAGCUUUAAGGGGGUUAGUUUCAGUGAAGAUGCAUUUUCUGAGGUGAAAAGUAUGCUUGAUGAGCAUGCAGCAGGAUGGGGACUGAAGAGGGAAGAAGAGGAUCUUGUGCUUACUUGGAAGGGACACAAUGUCGUUUUUGCUACAGCUUGGGUACCAACUUGAUGCUCAUCUAAAAUUAUUGCCAUCAAAUCUCUAAUUUCUUUCCCCCUGAUUUAAUUACCCCCUAUUAACUGUUUUUCUCCUGUAGCUUGGCAGAAUGAUUUUAGAAAUGAUGGAGAAUGCUGAUAAUCA